UAAAAAAUUAAAUCAUUCAUCACAGAAUUUAGAAUUUGAUUUUCACCUCCUGACCGAUGAGUAAUAAGAACAAGGGACAAAAGAAGGGCCAAAAUAAUGGUGCCUCUCAGAAGAAGAAGAAGGGAAUUUCCUUGUCUGAAUUCCAAUCACAAACUACUACUAGCACUGCUGCCUAUGAACAAGAUUUUUGUUUGGAUGAAAUUGAUGUUGAACAACAACGUUUGAUUUUGGAACAAAUUCAAGCAGAGGAAGAGGCUGCUAGACAAAACUCUCAAGAACAAGCAGCUAAUUCAUCUGAAGCAUCUCAACAAGAAGAAAGCAGCUCGGAGAAGGAAUCUUUUGAAAAUUUGACUGAUGAAGAAUUGGCUAGAAUUUUACAAGAAGAAGAAAAUUCCAAGGUUGCUAUUGUGAUUGGAGGUGGAGGUGUUUCCAAUGCACAAUAUAUUGCUCCAGAAUAUGACUCUGAUUAUUCCGAUGAAGAAGAUUUGGAAAAUAUUCGUGGAGAUGAAGAUUUAACUCUUGAUGAAGAAUAUGCUAUGGAAUCAAUGUAUGAUGUUUCCUAUAUUUCAAAUGCUAAUAGUUUGGGACUUGGAGGUGAUCGUAUUGAUGCCAUUAUGAAGGCAGAUACUAAAGUAUUCCAAGGUCAAUUGAAAGAUGCCAGUGCUCAACAAUUUAGUUCUAGAAGAAAUAAGAAGGAAACAAUUCAAAGAAUUCGUACUGUUGACAAGACUGAUCAAAGUACUUCCGAUAAGGUUAUGGAUCACAGAACAUCAAUGAUUUUGUACAAGUUGAUGAAUUCUGGAAUUAUCACUAGAAUGGAUGGAUGUGUUUCUAGUGGUAAGGAAUCUCAUGUUUAUCAUGCUGUUGGAUGCUUGGAUGUUGUCACUGGAGAAACUACUGGUGCAGAAAUUGAUUACUGUAUCAAGAUUUUCAAAAUUGUUGGAGUUUCAUUCCGUAGAAGAGAAGAAUAUCAAAAUUCUGAACAUCGUUUCAAGGACAAGUUAAAGACAAACAGCCAAAAGAAUGUUAAAAAGUAUGCUGAAAAGGAAAUGAGAAAUUUAAAGAAACUUCAAGAUGCUGGUGUCAGUUGCCCAACUCCUUAUCUCCUCAAGGAUCACGUUAUUUUAAUGAGCUUUAUUGGAAAACAAGGAUUCCCAGCACCAAGUUUGAGAGAUGUAAACUUUACUUCAAUGGAAAAACUUCUAGGAGCUUACAAGAAGGUCAUUCUCAACAUGAGAAAGAUGUACCAAAAGGCUCACUUGAUUCACUCUGACUUGAGUGAGUACAAUAUCCUCUAUCUUCACGGAGAAGUUUACUUUAUUGAUGUUUCUCAAUCAGUUGAAUCUCAUCACAUGAAUGCCAAGUCUUUCCUCAAGAAUGAUUGUCAACACGUUAAUGAAUUCUUCCAAAAGCAAGGAUUAAAUUCCAUCCUCACCAAUAGAGAACUCUUUGAAUAUAUUAUUAACAUUGAUGAACAAGGAAUGAACGAUGAAGAAUUAACUGAAUAUGCCAUGACAUACGCUAUUGACAGGGAUGUUUCUCUCAUUGACCAAAAGCAAGAUGAAAGCUAUUUUGCCCAAGUCUGCCUUCCUCAAUCAACAAUUGCCACCACUGAUGAGUUAUUCGAUGAUACUAAUUCAUUUGCUCACAGAAUGGAAUCUAUUGAAGAGUAGAUCAUCAAUGAAUGAAAUAAUUCAAAAGUGAAAGUGUUUCUUCGCAAGAGCUCUUUCACUUUUUUGAAAAAAAGUCAAAGUUUGGUUCAUACAUUCUCGAAAGGGAAGAACAUCUUUGAUUUUGCAUUUAGAUGUCAAUUAUUAUCUAAAUUUCAAUAUUUUGUAAAAUUUUGAGAAUAAAAUUUAUUUAUUC